UUCGUCCAAUCAUCUACUUGGGAUAUGCUGGAACCGGAAGUAGUUAACUGUUACUGUGUUGUGAUGAUUUCCAGAGUGGAGAAAAAGAACACUUGACAAUUGAAUUUUUCAUUGCCAGUGUUUGUGUUUCGCUUCCUAUUUUAGAAGCUAAAGAAAGUCAUCAAAAACUCUGAAUCGGUCAAUGGGAAAAAUCUAACAAUGUUCAGCUUUGAGGGAGAUUUCAAGACGAGACCCAAGGUGUCACUGGGAGGAGCGAGUAAAAAGGAAGAAAAAGCCUCUUUGUUGCAUCGCACACAAGAAGAAAGACGGAAAAGAGAGGAAGAAAGAAAAAGGUUGAAAAAUGCCAUCAUCAUUCAGUCCUACAUACGUGGCUACCAAGACUUAAAGCAACAGUAUGCCAUUCAAAGAGCCAAGUUUGAUGAGUCUGUCAGCGAGUCACAGGCAGGGGGAACGCAGCACGUCAUGGAUGGUCCUGCUCUAUGCCUCCUAUCGAGACAACUUAUAUUUUUCUACAGGCAGAGUGUUGAUGCACAUAGAUUGAUAUGGUUAUGCCAGAAUCUGGUGAAACACAACAGCCAGUUUGUGAAGCUGUUAAGCAGCCCCCAGAAGCAAACAUGUUUAUUUCAAAUCAAAAGAAUUCUGGGAUUCUGCUGUAGACUUCUGCAAAACUGCCCAGACGACAGUUUAAAUGUUGCUGUUCCUAUGCGGAUGUUAGAAAUCUUUUCUUCGGAGAGAACCUACCUUCUUGUUAUUCCAGAUACUAACAUUGUAGCUUCAUUACUUGAGCAGAUUUUGCACUAUAUGGUACAGACAGGAUACUACAAGUCACUGUAUAGUCUUGUAAAUCACCGGCUGCCCCCCAGUCUGGAGUACAGCGAUGCUCCCUCUAUUCCUCUGGCAAGCACACUGUUGGAGCAUAUCCUCAAACCUUUGCACUUUACUUACUCCUCCUGCACAACAGGCGCAAGGCAGUUUGUAUUUGCGGCGUUUACCGAGGAGUUCAUCUCUGCACCAUUCACCGAGCAGAUCUUUCACUUUUUCAUCCCGGCGCUCUCAGACCGUCGUGUCUCAUUCCCAUUCGAGGCCUUCUUGAGCUCCCUGCAGGUCACGAUCAAAUCGUUCGCAGCAGCACAAAGCCAGGCGCCGUGGCUCUUCUACUUUGUCCUCUAUGCAGGAGAGAACUGUUUAGGCUCCCUGUCAGAAGAGGGGCACCUUCUCUACCUUCGGGCUCUGCAGACUCUCCUGCCGCUGCUGCCGGUGUCAGAAAGCACCAGCCGGCCAGAAGUGAACAGUGAUUCAGAGGAUGAUGAUGGUGAUCUGCACCCUAUACCCAUGCAGGACGACAGCCGGAUUUCUGUGCAGCUCAUAACGGAGGAAUGCGUCCACAAGCUGGACACGAAACAGCAGACCAACGCCCUGCUGAACUUGGUUUGGAGGGAUUCGGCCAGCGAGGAGGUCUUCACCAUGAUGGCAUCCAUUUGUCACACUCUCAUGGUGCAACAUCGUCUUAUGGUGCCAAAAGUCAGACUCCUGUACAGCUUAGCUUUCAAUGCACGGUUCCUGAGGCAUCUCUGGCACCUGAUAACCUCCAUGACGACUAAAAUGAUUACCGGCUCUAUGGUGCCGUUGCUCCAGCUGAUCUCUCGAGGUUCUCCCAUGUCAUUCGAAGACUCCAACCGGAUCAUUCCCCUCUUUUACCUCUUCAGCUCCCUCUUCAGCCACUCUCUUAUCUCUGUGCACGACAGCGAGUUCUUUGGACAUGAAAUGGAAGGUCAGAUGCAGUCCUCCAUGAUGCCCUUCACGCUGUCUGAGCUGGUGACUUUGUCCCGCUGUCUGAGAGAUGCAUGUCUGGGAAUCAUCAAACUGGCCUACCCUGAAACUAAAGCAGAGCACAGGGAGGAGUACAUGGCUGCCUUCCGCAGCGUGGGCGUCAAGACCAACACUGAGGUCCAGCAGCGCAUCCAGGCUGAGCAGAAGCGCUGGGUGCAGCUCUUCAAGGUCAUCACUAACUUGGUGAAGAUGCUGAAAGCUCGCGACAUCAGACGACCUUUCUGUCCGGCGGGUCACUGGCUGUCUGAGGAGGUCAACAUCCGAGCCGACAAGGUCACCCAGCUGUAUGUCCCAUCAGCGAGACAUGUGUGGAGAACACGAAGGAUGGGGCGCAUUGGGCCCCUUCAGUCUACACUCGAUGUUGGUUUGGAGCCUCCGCAGCUCUCCGUGUCUGAAGAAAGACACCUGGCCAUCCUCACAGAGCUUCCCUUCGUUGUCCCGUUUGAGGAGCGAGUCAAGAUCUUCCAGAGGUUGAUCUCUGUGGACAAACGGGAUGUGCAGGGGGACGGGCCGUUCCCUGACGGCAUCAACGUCACCAUUAGACGCAACUACAUCUACGAAGACGCCUACGAUAAACUCUCCCCAGAAAACGAACCGGACCUUAAGAAGAGGAUUCGAGUCCACCUUCUCAAUGCUCAUGGUUUGGAUGAGGCAGGCAUCGACGGAGGCGGCAUCUUUCGGGAGUUCCUCAACGAACUCCUCAAAUCGGGCUUUAAUCCCAACCAGGGCUUCUUCAAGACCACCAAUGAGAGCUUGUUGUAUCCUAAUCCUGCUGCAGAGAUGCUGGUAGGCGAGUUCUUCACGAGACACUACUACUUCCUGGGCCGGAUCCUCGGAAAGGCACUCUAUGAGAACAUGCUGGUAGAAUUGCCCUUUGCCAGUUUCUUCCUAUCCAAACUUCUGGGAACCAGUGCAGAUGUGGACAUCCACCACCUGGCCUCUUUAGACCCUGAGAUGUAUCGCAACCUUCUGUUCCUCAAGAGCUACGAGGGCGAUGUUGAAGAGCUGGGCCUCAACUUCACUGUGGUCAACAACGAUCUGGGUGAAGCUCAGGUGGUUGAGCUGAAGCCGGGAGGAAAAGAUAUCCCGGUGACAACAGCCAACAGGAUUGCUUACAUCCAUUUGGUGGCUGACUACAGGCUCAACAAGCAGAUCAGGCCUCACUGCCUGGCCUUCAGACAGGGUCUGGCCAACGUGGUCAAUCUUGAGUGGCUGCGUAUGUUUGAUCAGCAGGAAAUUCAGGUGCUGAUAUCUGGGGCUCAUAUUCCGAUUUGUCUCGAUGACCUAAAAAACUUCACAAACUAUUCAGGUGGAUACUCUGCUAACCAUCCUGUUAUCCAGAUCUUCUGGGAAGUGGUCGAAGGAUUUACAUCUGAGGAAAAGCGCAAACUGUUAAAGUUUGUCACCAGCUGCUCCAGACCUCCACUGCUGGGCUUUAAGGAGCUUUAUCCAGCCUUCUGCAUUCACAACGGUGGAAGUGACCUGGAGCGCCUGCCUACAGCCAGCACCUGCAUGAACCUGCUCAAGCUCCCCGAGUUCUGCGACCAGCACCUGAUGAGGAGCAAGCUGCUAUACGCCAUCGAGUCGAGCGCUGGGUUCGAGCUCAGCUGAGUCGGAGCGAAAGGCUUUUCGGUGACCCGAUGCCACCCAGGUGGCUUUGGAGUAAAAGACUCUAAAUAGACAAGAGAAGGCAAAUAAUGCACUGACUGAUUAUUGUGUUUCUGUGAGUGGUGUGAGUGCCAAGUAAAAGAAAAAAAAAAAGGAUGAAGUUAAGUUGGAAGCUUUCCUUUUUAAGCCCUUGUUUUUAGGACAUUUUUAAAUGUUUGAGAACCAUACUGAAGAGCAGUUUUGCAUCUGACAUUUAAAGGCAGAUGAAAUUAAACAAGAGUCAUGGCUACUCACUGUGUCAUGCAAUGACAUGAACAAUUGUUUUUCCACCAAAGAAAAAGUGGUGUUGUAUCAAUAAGGCAAUAUGGGAAAUGGGGAGGCUCUAAAGCCACCUUGUGCUGCGCCAAGGGCUGCAGAGGGGGAGCAGCUUUGCCUACAGCUAAAUGUUUUCAUAGAGGUCAUUUUAAUUCCAGUUUUUGUGAUUUCUAAGCUUACAGUGCCUAGCAAAAGUAUUUGUACCCCUUAAACUUUUCUAUUUUAUUACAACCAACUUUAAUGUAUUUUAGACCAGCACUAAGUAGAUUAAAAAUGGUUAAGAAUAUAAAUAAAUGUUUGUAAGUAUAGAAAUUUGAAAGUGUAGCAUGCAUUUGUAUGUAGUCCUUCCUGAGUCAAUGCUUCAUAAAACCACCUUUCUCUGGAUUUACAGGUCCGAGUCUCUACCGACUUUGCUCGACUCAUCUUUUUGCUCACUCUGUUUUGCCAGAUAAUUCAAGCUCAGUCAGAUUGUUGUGAGUGUGUAUGUGAACAACAAUUCUCCAGUCUUUCCACAGAUUCUCAGUUUGUUUUAGGUCUUGAUUUUGACUGGGCCAUUCUAAACCAUGAAUAUGAUUGAGUUUAUCAUUCCAUUGAACCUCUGGCUGUAUGUUUAAGGUCUUUGUCCUGCUGGACGGUUAGGCGAGUCAUUUUCUAGCGUCUGUUUUUCUUCCAGGUCUGCCCUGCGUUUACCUCCAAUCAUUUUCGCCUAAACUUUGACCAGCUUCCCUCUCCCUAGUAAAGAAAAGCUUCGCCGUAACGUGAUGCUGCUCCCACCAUGUUUUUCUGUUGAGCCGUUCGUGUUCCAGAUGAUGGGCUGUUAAUUUUUUCUCCAUACAUUGUUUUCCGUGUCAAAAAGGUUAAAUGUUGGAGCAUCUUCUUCCACAUGUUUACUCUCCCCCUUAUAUGGAUUGUGGGAAAAUGCAAACUGCCAAUCUUCCAUAAAGGCAAGGUUUACCCAGUGCACACCUGAUAUUUGGCAACUGUUAGGUGUGCAUUGUUUAGAUCUCUGCAGCUCCUCCAGAGUUACCACGAGCCACUUUGCUGCUUAAUACUCUUACUGGCCUUUCGUUUUAGUUUAACACUGAUAUUUUGGUAGAUUUAAUAAUUAAACUCUGCUUUAAACUUCUCCACAUCCCUAUCUUUGAGCAAUCUGUUGUGUCAUUUUGUCUUGAUGAGGCUGUUUGUUCUCUGUCGUCUAACAAACCUCUAAGGCCUUUUUGAAGGUUUCACUGGGAUUUAUUUAGGGGUAUUAGAGUAAAGAGAAUUAAAGAUGACUGCAUGCAGUGGCUUUCAGAAUAUUUGAAAAUUCUUUACGUUUUAUCUCACAGUUAUGCAUGUAGUGUUGCUGCGUGACAGGAAAUGCCAAUGAACCACAUAGAGGUUGGUGGUUGUAACAGUAAAAUAAGGAAAAGAUCAAGGGGUAUGGAAAUGCUUGCAAGGUGCUGCAACUUCUAAUACGUUUUCUGUAUUAUGAAUUAUGUAUUUUGUCUACAAACCAUUCUGCAAGUGUGCACGCAGUGUUUGAGAUCUAGAGAAGACUGUUGUUGCUGGAGUAAAUUAGAAAGAAGCAUUAUAUGAUCACGGUUUUGUGAAUAUGUAUAUGUUUUAAACCGCUCUUGUAUGACUCAUGUAUUAUUUGUACAGGUUUGUUUCUGUUCUGAGCAAUCUCUUCACCUGAUCAGCACAUGAUUGUGUUCCUACUGAGAACCCGUGUACCAACAGGGUGGACAGAGUGAACACGGAUAUGAAUAAAUCCGCUUUUCCUUUUGCA